AUGUGGAGCAGUGCUGAUGGUCAAACUUACAGACCAUCUACUCUCACAUUUGAAGCAUGCACCAAUACAAAUGAACUUUUGGACAGAUUUCAAAAUAGUCCUCGACUGACUGAAGGCGCACCCGUCAAAAUGGCCAACGUUCGUUGCAAACCGAAACCGAUCAAGGUUCUCUUUUCAAAAGAAAGAGGAGCAAAAAAUACCAACGGAUAUGUUACAAUUUUCGUUUGCCUUGCGGUGAAAGCAAUCCACAUCGAGAUCGUAUCAGAUCUAACAUUCAAAGCGUUUCUGGUUGCCUACGACAGAUUCAAUGCUAAAAGAGGAGCCUGCUCUUGCCUGUAUUCGGACAAUGCAACUACUUUUAAAGGAGCAGCUAUGGACCUCAAACAAUUAUUUACAGAAACUUCUGAGUUUGUGAAGGAUAUUAAAGGACAGCUGGCCAUGCAAGGGACUAAGUGGUCAUUCAUACCACCUAGAGCUCCACACUUUGGUGGAAUAUGGGAGGCCGCCCUCAAGAGUUUUAAGCACCACUACACACGGAUUGUUGGGGAGUCAGCGCUGACCUUUAAAGAGCACAGCACUCUAGCUGCUAAGAUUGAGUCUUGCCUCAACUCAAGACCGAUCGGUCCUCUCAGCACAGACCCUUCGGAACCAGCCGCACUAACUUCAGGACACUUUCUAGUUGGCACAUCCUGUCUCACCCCUCCAGAACCUGUUAACCUCUAG